AUGGAACGCCAACGCAUGGAACGCCUUCAAAACGACUAUGAUGCCAUUCUCAGAGCCCUUCCUCCACUUCCGGAGCCGGAAGACCUCUACGCGAGGAUCAUCAGGGCGUGCUGUCAGUUCUGGGUUUCGUCAAAAUCGAUCGACAACUUGGGAUUGGCGAUUCGGACGUUAAGGGCCUCAACAGAUCCCUGGCAGGAACGUUACGCUUCAUGCCGGGUAUUACUGGAGACGGUCGAAAGGAUUAAACUCGAGCUUCUCCUUGUACGUUCACAACUCGUCACUCUCUGGGCCCUACCGAAUCUGUUAAUGGCAACGCAUAGGAUCGAACCGGACGUAUGGAGAAUGAUGAUCAACAGACCGCAAGUGGACGAUGACGGCAAUCCACUACUCGUCCACAACCAACUACUGGACAGGGCGAUACGCGAUAGACUGGAAAUACUCGGGGAUCAAGCCGCAAACCUGCGAGAAUAUGACAACGCACUCGAACUUGAAUGCCGUCAAGAGGACAGUCAGUCCCGGGACCAGCUACGGGCCGCGUUAGAGUCGAUGCGAAGCCUCAUUUCAGACUUUGUGGCUCGUUCCGAAGCCGUGUCUUCACCAGAACAACAGAUCGACAAUCAGGGAGACAGAGCCGGAGCGAUCAGGAUAGACGCGCAAUCCAUGGAGCAGCUGCAUGAUCCGGAGGAGGAAGAGCAAAUAGAAGAUGAGCUAGUAAGCGUCGACGAAGACGCACAGGGUACUGAUGAGAGCAGCACCGAAGCCAGUCUCGAAGAAUCAGACGAAGACAACCAAGAGGAUGCGGUAGAAAGAAAUAACUUCGAGGAAGAACAUGCGAUCCAGCAUGAAGGCAGCGACAACGAAGACAACGUGGAAGAAAGGAUCGACGAGGAAAGAAUCAAUCCUGAGGAAGAUCAAGAGUUCCGUCCCCAAGUCCAUGGUGAGGUACUCGAAGAAGGAGAACCCGAAGUUCGAAACGACGAGGAGGCCGAUGAAGAUCAACCUAUCCAGCAGGCACGCGACGAAGUGGCUGAGCUGUUACUGCAGCUACGACAGGCUAGACAAGCGGUGCGCGAUUUCCGACUGAUGAUGAAUGAUGUGGAAGAGAGGGAACGAUGUCAACUGCGAAGGUUCGAUGGAAUGAUCCAAAACCAUCGCGAACGGUUCAUGCCAUGCGCGUUCUGCGGACAUAGAGGGAGCCACUAUUCCGACUCCUGUACAGUGUACAUGUUUACGGAAGACCGAUGGAGAAUAGUGGAUCGGGAACAGUUGUGCCCUGCGUGCCUCUAUUACACCUGUUUCAGAGGGCAAUGGUGCCGGAAGCGAAACACAAGGUGCUUCUACUGCAACCGGACAGGGCACCAUUCGGCACUAUGUACCCUUCCGGAAAGGAGUGCGCGUAUUGAAGACGAGCUGGAAACUUUACGGCGACGACAUGACCACGCCCAAAACCGCGUCCACCGGCUGAUAUACAGUCUCGAGAGGUGA